CGGUUCGCUUAUUUAUCGUUCGUCGUGGCCUCGACAACGCUUUCCCAUGCCAUGACGAUGGCGAACGACGCCACAGAAGCCGCGCUGGGUCUCCUUGGUCUGACCGGCAGUAUCGACUUCAGGACAACGCCGACGAUCCCCCUCAAACGAAAGCCGUCGACCACCUUCCUUCCACCUGACGACGACCCAGAUUCUUCAAAUAACAGCUCAGACUCUAUAAACUGCAUCUGUGGCUACACUUACGACGACGGAUUCUCUAUAGCGUGCGACGAUUGUUCGCGCUGGGUUCACGCAGCCUGCUUCGACAUCAGCGAGGGCGAGGUCCCUGAAGAAUGGCGGUGUUGGGUCUGCGAACCAAGAAAGAUGGACAGGGAGCGGGCUGCGAGGCUACAGAGGCAGAGACAGAAGAAAAUGCAAGAGGAAGCCGAGGGGGAGAAGCACAGACGGCGGGUGAGCAGUCCGGGUGUCGACAGGAAACGUCGCGCAAGCGCAGCCGCUAUCGACGGCAGCUCAACAACGAAGAGAAAACGCCGGUACUCGGUCAAUACCACGCAGGCCAUACAGCAGCAGCAGCAGCAACAGGCAGAGCGACAGCACUCGGGCGGCCACCAGCACCAACUGCAACACUUGCAUCAGCAGCAGCACUCACCGGUGGAGGACGAGCAUGUGGAGAUUGACGAGCCCUCGACUCACAGUUACGUCCACAUCGACAAGGACAUCAUUCCGCACCAGUACACUCGCGACAAGCUCAAGAGACUCGCUCAUCAUUGGCGUGGCGUGACUGCGCUCGACGCUGCCACUAUCGACGACCCAUCCGUUCCCGUCCUGCUCACUCCCGACGAGUUCCCCUCGACACCACAGACGUCCCUACAUCCUCUCCCGAAGUCGUCUUACUCACAUCCAACGUUAUCCUCGCACACAAACCCGUCUGUACGCCCACCAUCAUACACUAUGCGCACGACUCAGGCGAUACCGUCUUCAGCUCUGAUCGCGCCAUAUACCUCGACUAUCAUACCCUCGACUGUCUAUCUUUCAGACCCCCUGAACUCGUACGCGCACCUCGGCAUGCCGAAACCUUUUGUGCACCUUAUGGGCCCUCCGCUUGACCUCGCGCUCGACGCCCGACUCGCAGGGAACAGCUCGCGGUAUGUCCGUAGUGGAUGUCGACCGAACGCAAUUUUGCGCCCGAUGCUUUGCCGCCGCGCACGCAAGAACAGUGCUGAGGACGACACGCUUACGUUCGGGGUAUUUGCGCUGCGUGACCUCAAGGCACACGAGGAGGUCGUGCUCGGGUGGGAGUGGGAUGACGGGAGUGUGAUACACCAUCUCCCGGCGCUGAUAGAUAGCCCGCAUAUCUUUGCCCCGCCAUGCUUCCAGCAGUUUCGCUACCAAAUGACCUCUAUGCUGCAUGCACUCUCGUCGGCGUUUACAACCUGCGCGUGUGGUGCGAAGACGAAGGAUUGUGCGCUCAACCGGCUUGCCGAGUUCGUUGAUGGGCAGACACCGCCGACGCCGUCGCCGUCGCCGCCAACGCAUCAUGCCGAGGAUCCACUCUCACGGCCAGGAGUACGGGGCAGGGAAGAGGGCGGUCACAGAACGAGGGCGGAUCUAGGCCCGCUGAUUGGAGUUGAGAGGGGAUUCAGGACAAAGGAGAGGGUGCCAAUGUCUGGUGGGAUGAGUGGCGUGGAGAUGGUUGCUCCCGCCAAGGAGUGGAUGAAUGGCUGGAACAGCGAGCAAUCUCCCGAGGCUGGCCCGUCGCGGUUAGCGACCGCUGAUGUCCAGACGCCGCUGUCACCGAAGUCGAUGACAUCCAAGACCUGGGAUCGGAAGGGGAAGGCCAAGGCAACGGACGACGAGAUGGAUGUGGAAGAGCAUCGUCAUGAAGAGACCACAACGAAACGCGCGACGAAGAGCCGACAGAAGCGCAAGAACGGCGCUGUGAAGUUGACUCCGGUGUCAUUCGAGUCCUCGUCGAGCUCGUCACCUCAGACACUGCCAGUGCCCCAACUUGUGCCGCAGAGCGAAGAGAAGCUGCCACCGAAGUUUCGGAAGAAGUGGAUACACGAAAGAGCAGACUCGUUUUCGGAUACAUCGACUUCGCCCACAAAUAUGAUGUCCUCUGAAAGGACGAACGAAGUGCAGGGUAGGAGGAACACGGCAGAUGUUGACGAGCUAUCAGAUGAUGCGAAAGUCAUGCCCCCACCUCCACUACCACCGGCGACCAGCACUUCGCCCUCUAUUCGUUCCCAUCGCCUUCCGAAUCUAUCUUCGCCGAUUCCCAGCCAUACGUUCGACUUGACGUCUCCUACUACCUCAUUCGCAAACUUGUCUUUAUUGUCUCCUGCUGUCAACGGAGUGCCUGCUCGCUUGCAGACCAAGUCCCUGCCGUUGACGCAGGUCAGUUGGACUAAGUCUGAGGCUUUGGACGAAGUUGAAAUGAAGGAUGAACCCUCGGCAUUACCGUCUGCUCUAUCGCGUCGGCCUGCAGUCCUUUCGCCUGUGCAAGCACCUCCACAACCCGCCGUUCCUCGACCUUCGUCGCCGAUAGAGGAUCUUCAGAGACGACGAGCUCCUAUAAUUCAGGAUGCAGUCAUGCCGGCCCUGCGACAGUUCGAAGAUAUCUCAGGCCGCGACACUGCUUGCGCCGAGGAUGUCGACGAGCACAUACUCGCCACUUCCCCUGCAUCUUCUCCUGCAGAGGAUAUUUCGACAGACGUAAGGUUUAUGUCUGUAGUUGACGCGUCUAAGGAGCCGUUACUAUCAACUGAGCCUCCCGCGCGGCAGCUUUCGGAGGAGCACGAAGUGAUCAAAGCCGAGCCGCCGAAGACUCCUCCGCCUCCAGCUAUUGAGGAGCUACCUCCGCCGAAGGUGAAGUUGUCGUUGAAGGACUUUGCAUUACGCAAGAAGAAACAGCGUGAGGAGACUAAGGCCAGCUCGUCACCAUCCGUGCCCACUGCUCCACUUGCCCCUGAGCCUCCUUCGGAACCAGCACGCAAGGACAAGGAGGAAGCUUCGAUGCCGUUAGAGUCGCCCAGGGUCUCAGAUUUAGAAACCGAUGCUGUGGUCGUAGCGAUCUCUACGGUAGAGGAACAGAAUCAGCCAAGACAUGAGGAGGCCCAGGACGCUCGCAUGGAAGCUGGUAUGGUGUCUGUCGAAGAUCCUUCGCCCAAAUUCCAGGAUAUUACACCAGAAGCUGCCCUUGGUACCUCUCCGCAGCCGGUCGACGACAGCAUGGACACCGAUGAUGUCCCAGUAUCACUCACUGCUAAAGUGGAGUUGGUCGAAGCGAGAUUACCUAGCCCAUCGCCUCCCCGGAUUGUCGUCGACUAUUCGCCUCAGUUACCGACAAGAAGACCGGAUCCUCCGCCCUCGGUCACAUCGCAAAUCAAUCAGGAGAACACCGAGUCUCGCCGUGUACAAGCUCGCUCACCCGUUCCAUCACUUUCUCAACAUACCCUCGCGCGCACAGUGUCUCGUGAAGACGGCGAGAUAUUCAGUCCGCCGCCAUUGAAACCUUUACCUUUAGCACCGCGUGCGCACUCUCCACCGACACAGCCCCGCUCAUUUCAUGUUCACUCAGGGAGCACGUCUCCCGUGCGCCCGCCGCAACCGCCGCCACGCCGACCACUUCAGCCUGCAGCACAUCGCUCACAGCUGCAAAUUGGAGGACCAAACUCGAGGCCCUUGCCGAGUGGGCCUCGCGCGCUGCGCGGACUCAGUGGUAACGGUAGUCACUAUUACCCGCCUUUCUCGGGUGGCGGUAGUGCGCCGCGUGCGCCGUCCGCCGACCGAGACCGGGACCACCGGAUGGACUGGGACCGCGACGGUCGUCGAGGAAGCUCCUGGGGUCGCGGUCGUGGAGGUGGCGGUUGGGGACGGUAGCUUCGGACUAGCCAGCCAUGGUACAGCCAGCAAGUCCCAGCCGUCCUUGUUCCUCUCUUGCUCUCCUCUGUCCCCAUCAUCCUUCUUGAUUUCCAGCUCCCUCUUUUUCUUACUGUGUUGACCGCACUUAUCCUGUCGCUGAUGCUGCUGUAAUAUCCCCAUGCUCCGUAGGUACCAUACGCUUGUGACAGCCCCUUUCUAAUCGUCCGCUGUCGAUGUUUUCCUCCAUCCCUCUCCGCAGUACUUGUACAUCUCAGUAGA